CGCCGUCAGCAUUUCCCGGUGUCUUUGGGCCCUACACUGUUUUCCAACAUGGUAUGGAGGCCUCGUAAUCAACCUAGUAAUCGAGGGAAACCUGUGAAGCACCGCUUAUUUGUGGCUGUGGUGACGCAUGCAGCAGUAGCCUCGCGACUGCAUCGAUCCUCGAUGUCGCAUCGGUAAGCUAUGCAGACUGAUUUAAUUAGGCUCACAAACCUCAGCCGAAGUUUAUCUGGCUGUCAUUGGCGGGUGCGCAAGAAUCAUUGCUGUUACCUCACAACCCCUUGACGCCGGUGCUACACUCUCGCCGCGAGGACAAGCAAUCACAAAAUUUUGUCCUUACGCGAAUCUGACAAUAAAUCCCCAUAUCAUACGGUUACCCUUCAGUCAGAAUAAAAUAUUGUCAAUAAUGGGAUUGCUGCCCUAUUGACAAAGGGAACCGCUGGCAGCGGCCAUAUGCUGCGGAUCACGGCAGACUUGUCCCGGAGCAGAAGCUCCGCAACUGUGGGGUGCAAUGAUGGUCCAGAAACGUUGCCACGAUGCAACAAUCCGGACUCAACUUCGGCACCAGGUGGAGGGAGAAGAGGAGGGAGGAAAGGUUCCAGCGUUUCCCGUUUGGGUUAAUCUUGGCGCUCGGGGAAUCCCAAGCGGAGACGCAGCCUUGCGCCUUUCCUUACCCCUUUGGACGAAUAGCCCUAUUGCGAGAGCAGACGGCCAUGGCGAGGCUAAAGCACUAUUCUCGGCCCUGAAUCAGUAUAUCUAUUAUUCUGGCCAUCGCUUGCACGUCUUCUGUGAUCAAAGACAACGAACAUCCCAACCCCCGGAACCAGGGUAUUUGUUGCGUUGAAUUCCAAAAAUGUCUCCCAUCGCAGAAAAGGAUCUCAUGAGCCAGGACAGGCUCGAUGCAUCCGGACAGAUAAUCAGCAAACAAACGACAUCUGUUUCGAAAUUGCAAUCUGGAAGGUCCCCAAGGCUUUCUGCCGAGCAUGAUUUGGUGCUGAAGACAUUUCGUCUUCUGAUUGCCGACUUAUGUCAGCAAUAUAAAGGAGGUCACCCAGGCGGCGCGAUUGGUAUGGCAGCGAUUGGGGUGGCACUAUGGAAAUAUGUCAUGAGAUAUGCACCACACCAACCCGACUAUUUCAACAGAGACCGGUUUGUCCUGUCAAACGGACACACAUGUCUAUUCCAGUACACAUUUCUGCAUCUGACGGGCUAUGAGGCCAUGACGCUGGACCAGCUUAAGUCUUACCACUCGACACGAGAAGAUGCUCUCUGCCCGAGCCAUCCGGAGAUUGAGCAUGAGGGAAUCGAAGUUACAACUGGUCCGCUUGGGCAAGGGGUCGCAAAUGCAGUCGGUCUGGCCAUGGCAACGAAGCACUUGGCCGCAGAAUUCAACCGUCCUGGCCAUGAGGUUGUGGACAACCACACUUGGUGCAUGGUUGGCGACGCAUGUCUGCAAGAGGGUGUCGGGCUCGAAGCCGUUUCUCUAGCAGGUCACUUCAAGCUCAACAACCUCACCGUCAUCUACGACAACAACCAAAUCACAUGUGACGGAUCAGUAGAUCUGACCAACACCGAAGACAUCAAUGCCAAAAUGCGCGCCUGUGGCUGGGACGUGAUUGACAUUGAAGACGGCUGUUUCGACGUUGACGGACUCAUCACUGCUCUGAACCGGGCCCGAGCAUCUACGGAAAAGCCGACCUUCAUCAAUGUUCGAACCGUCAUAGGUAUUGACAGCGCUGUGGCCGGAACCGCCACUGCUCACGGAGCCGCCUUUGGCGACAAGGCAGUGGCCGACAUGAAGCGCGCGUAUGGAUUCAAUCCGGACGAAUACUUCGUGAUUCCAGAUCCUGUGCGCGAGUUCUUCGCCGACAUCAAGCCGCGCGGACGACAAUUGGUGCAGGAGUGGAACGACAAACUCGAAGCAUAUGGACAAGAAUACCCGGAGCUGGCAGCAGAGUUUGAGAGCCGUCGACGAGGAGAACUGCCGACGAACUGGCAGUCACUGAUUCCACAAGAGUUCCCCGCCAAAGACACAGCAACACGGGCUUCUUCCGGUCUUGUCUUCAACACGAUCGCCGAAAAAGUCAAAACAUUCAUGGUCGGCACGGCCGACCUAUCUCCAUCCGUCAACAUGAUCUGGAAGGGGAAAGAGGACUUCCAGCACCCAGACCUAAAAACCUCGUGCGGAAUCAACGGCAGUUACAAGGGACGAUACAUUCACUACGGUGUGCGCGAACAUGCAAUGGCCGCGAUAGCGAACGGAUUGGCAGCAUACAACCGAAACACAAUCAUCCCUGUAACUUCGUCCUUCUUCAUGUUCUACCUGUACGCUGCGCCCGCAGUGCGCAUGGGCGCCCUGCAACAUCUACAUAUCAUCCACCACGCGACGCACGACUCGAUUGGAAUGGGCGAGGACGGACCAACGCACCAGCCCAUCGAGCUGGCUGCUCUGUACCGCGCCAUGCCAAAUUUGCUCUAUAUCCGUCCCGGCGACAGCGAAGAGACGGCCGGUGCGUGGACGGCUGCCAUCGAAGCAAAGACCUGUCCCACCAUCAUCUCGACCUCGCGCCAUGCCGUGCGACAACUUGCGCCCAAAACGGACCGUAACGGUGUUCGUCGCGGCGCAUACGUGAUUGAAGAAGACGCGCAUGCAGACUUGACUAUCAUCGGUGUCGGCGCCGAGUUGGGCCUGGCCGUUGAUGUUGCUGCAAAACUGCGAGAAACCGCCAGCCUAAAAGUCCGUGUCGUUUCCUUCCCGUGUCACAGACUGUUUGAGAAGCAGUCGCUCGAGUACCGGCGCAAGACGCUGAAUCGGAACUCUGGGAAACCCGUCAUCGUCAUUGAGCCGUAUGCCGCGCUUGGUUGGGAACGGUAUGCCGAUGCCGCUGUUUGCAUGAGCACCGGCAGAUUCGGCCAGUCUCUGCCAGGACCGAAAGCCUACGAGUAUUUUGGGUUCACGGUCGACAAAAUCGUGCCCCGAAUUCAGGGGUAUCUGGAGGAGAGGGAGUCGGGCGAGAUCCUGCCUGGUGAUUUUGUUGAGAUGACAAGAUAGUCUUUUGGUUGCCUGGAAGAUGUUAGAUUUAAGGACUUUUUGGGCAUAAUAAGUUGAGGUGUUUUGUACUUGUGGUAAUGGUUCUCGAUAUCUGUUCAUCUUUGAAAAAAGGUGUCUAGAAUAUAAUCAUCAAGCAAGAAUUGAUUUCCCCCUGAAGAAGUUCACCAUCCCGGCGAAGAUACGUAUACAUUCUCACGAAAAUAUUACACAUCCGCAACCAUAUCUCAGUGGCUUCCAGUCAGCCAAAUAAAAAAGUUAUGCGACACCAUACUUUUCAAUUGUGGACGCAAUUCUCAUCCUGAUACACCCAUCUACUAUAGACAUUCUACAUUGCCUCUUCACGAGAAGAAUGUCACACAUCUGGAUACUGCAAGAAGCAACCCCUCCCAUCCAGUCGAAGCAGUAUCACAACAUUGCACCUCGCCGGCACCGAAUCCGCAAGCCACCCCGUGGAUGGUGGGGAAAGAAUGA